GUAAUUUCUAAGUAAACAAAUGCCAUCCGAGAACAAGCGAAAUGUAUUCAUAAGCCAUAAUCAGCACAGUUUGCAAAUUGGAACGCGUACGCGGCGCGUAUUUGAAAGCGGCCGAAUUGUUCCAGCGCCACAAUUUGCGUCCAGCGAGGGGUGCAUGUCGGGUUCCGGAUCGUAGGGUAUUGACUUGGCCAACAACAAAUAACUUGAUUAGUUGGCACCAAACAGUGCUGGCGAUCACAUCUCAAGCUGAAGACGGACAGCGGUCAUUAACACGCUUUAGGCCCAGAAGCACCAGCCGCAGUAGCAGCAGUGGUAGUAGAAGACAAUCAAUUCACGGAGAACUACAACAAGAACAGCAACAUUAACGAUGGGUCUGCGCUUUCAACAAUUAAAGAAACUGUGGCUCCUCUAUCUGUUCCUACUGUUCUUUGCAUUCUUCAUGUUUGCAAUUAGCAUUAACUUAUAUGUGGCAAGCAUACAAACCGCUGAUUCAGAGCUGCGUCAUCCGAAACCGCCGCCGAAACGUCGCUCCCUCUGGCCGCAUAAAAGUAUCGUGGCCCAUUAUAUUGGCAAGGGAGACAUCUUCGGCAACAUGACUGCAGACGAUUACAACAUCAACCAGUUCAAGCCUGUCCCUGGCGAGGGAGCCGACGGGCGACCCGUUGUUGUACCGCCCCGCGACCGCUUUCGUAUGCAGCGCUUCUUUCGCUUGAACAGCUUCAACCUGCUGGCCAGCGAUCGUAUUCCCCUCAAUCGCACUCUCAAGGACUAUCGUACCCCGGAAUGCCGCGACAAGAAGUAUGACAGUGGCUUGCCCAGCACUUCGGUGAUCAUUGUGUUCCAUAACGAGGCCUGGUCCGUCCUGCUUCGUACCAUAACCAGCGUCAUCAACCGCUCGCCCCGCCAUUUGCUCAAGGAAAUCAUUUUGGUUGACGAUGCCAGCGAGCGCUCUUAUCUGAAGCGUCAGCUGGAGAGCUAUAUACGGGUUCUGACGGUGCCCACUCGGAUCUACCGCAUGAAAAAGCGCAGCGGUUUGGUUCCCGCUCGCCUCCUGGGUGCCGAACAUGCCCGCGGAGAUGUACUAACCUUCUUGGAUGCCCACUGCGAAUGCUCGCGUGGCUGGCUGGAGCCCCUGUUGGCGCGCAUUAAGGAGGCACGCAAUGUGGUCAUCUGUCCAGUGAUCGACAUAAUAUCCGACGACAACUUCAGCUACACGAAGACGUUUGAGAACCAUUGGGGUGGCUUUAACUGGCAGCUGAGCUUCCGCUGGUUCUCUUCGGAGAGGAAACGCCAGACUACGGAAAUCACAGCCAAGGACUCCACGGCCCCCAUAGCUACUCCUGGCAUGGCUGGCGGUCUGUUCGCCAUAGAUCGCAACUACUUCUAUGAAAUGGGAUCAUACGACAGCAACAUGCGUGUUUGGGGCGGAGAAAAUGUCGAGAUGUCCUUCAGGAUCUGGCAAUGCGGCGGAAGGGUUGAGAUCAGCCCCUGCUCCCACGUGGGUCACGUAUUUCGCAGUAGUACGCCCUACACGUUUCCUGGCGGCAUGAGCGAAGUGCUCACAGACAAUUUGGCUAGGGCUGCCACCGUCUGGAUGGACGACUGGCAGUACUUCGUCAUGCUGUAUACUUCUGGACUAUCGCUGAGUGUCAAGGAUAAAGUUAACGUAACGGAACGCGUGGCUCUGCGGGAGAAGCUGCAGUGCAAGUCGUUUGCCUGGUACUUGGAGAACAUUUGGCCGGAACACUUCUUCCCAGCACCCGAUCGCUUCUUCGGCAAGAUAAUCUGGCUGGAUGGAGAGACGGAGUGCGCCCAGGCCUACAGCAAGCACAUGAAGAAUCUUCCGGGACGUGCCCUGUCACGGGAAUGGCAGCGUGCCUUCGAGGAGAUAGAAAGCAAGUCGGAGGAGUUUAUGUCUCUGAUCGAUCUAGAGCGGGACAAGUGUCUGCGUCCACUGAAGGAGGUUGCGCCGCGUUCCUCUCUACAACCCGUCACAGUGGGCGACUGCACGUCGCAUGCCCAGACCAUGGACAUGUUCGUGAUCACCCCCAAGGGACAGAUUAUGACCAAUGACAACAUCUGCCUGGCCUACCGCCCACCCAAACAGGGAGUGAUCAAGCUUCUUAAGAACCGCAAUGCCACUACCUCAAACGUGAUGCUGACUCAGUGCGCCGGUGAUGCCAGCCAGCUUUGGAAUUACGACAUGGAUACCCAGCAAAUCUCGCAUCGGGACACUAAGCUGUGCCUCACACUCAAGGCGGCUACAAAUGCACGACUUCAGAAGCAGGAGAAGGUGGUGCUCUGCAUGCAGUGCGACUUCAAGGAUAUCACACAGAAGUGGGGCUUCAUCCCACUGCCAUGGCGUUUAUAGGACGAGGAAUGGAAUGGAAGAGCUAGGAAUGCCAGGACAUGAUCCAAUUACCCUGCCAGCAACUCUUUUAACACAAUGUGAUAUUUAUUGAAAUUUUUGAACGGGGCGCCACUCGUUGUGUUCUUUAUUUAAACAUGAAACAAACCAACACAAAUUGCCGACAUAUUCAGAUUAACACCACCACCACCGGGGUGGUUCACCCGAACCACGAUACAGACCCACAGGAUUGUUUGUGAAACAUUUUAUGUAUCCAAAUACGCUCGAGAGUUUGUUUUUCUCUCGAGCCAUAUUGCGACGCGAUAGAACUUUAGAUCUACUCGUAUUCUAUGUCUAUGUCAUAUUUAUUAAGCAAGUUUUUAGACAAUUUUUAGCUGUACAGAAGUACGGAAGUACUUACUACCAUCGAACACUUGUAUAUGUCACUUGAAUAAACCCUCUGAUUGUAGAAAGUGUCGCUGCACUUUUUCCUUUA